AUGCAAGACUCGGAAACCACUAUCACACCAUAUAUCCUUCGAACUCAUCGGCCUGGUGACAUGGGUUGGAUUGUACAUCGGCAUGGCGCUUUAUAUACCACUGAAUAUGGCUGGAAUGAGCGCUUUGAGGCACUUGUAGCCCGUGUCACCGUUGACUUCCUGGAUAACUACGAUCCAAAAUCAGACCGUUGUUGGAUUGCUGAGCGUGAUAGCAAUAUCAUUGGCUCUAUCAUGCUAGUCAAAGACAGAAGCUCUAAGGACAAUGCAGCUAAGCUCCGUCUUCUCCUUGUGGAGCCGACUGCUAGAGGAUUGGGACUUGGCCAGGAUCUAGUCCGACAAUGUACCAACUUCGCGCGGGAGGUGGGUUAUUCACGGAUUCAUCUAUGGACCAAUAGCGUCCUUUUAUCGGCGCGUCGUUUAUAUGAGAAAGAGGGAUACAAGCUCAAAACGUCAGAGGAAGAUGAGACGCUCGGCGCUAAGUUAACCUCGGAAAUUUGGGAAUUGAUGCUUUAG